ACAAGGAAACAGCGAAGUUGGCGUCCGCUCUCUGCGCGCCACGGCUCGUUUUCCACCACCGUAGUUCAACGGUAGAGAUGGAAAGAGAAACCAUGACGACAAUAGGGAGGCCGAAGAAUCCUCCUUCUCCCUCUUCUCUCAUUUUGCCUUCUGACUUUCGUUUCUCGAUCUUUCACCGAAAAGAAAAGGGACGAUGACCGUCAUAGAUGUUCUCUUCAGAGUCGAUUCAAUUUGCAAGAAGUACCAAAGAAACGACGUCGAGAAGCAGCGGGAGCUCAAUGCCCAUGGAGACGAUGCCUUUGGCCGCCUCUACGCCUUCGUCGAGGCCGAGAUUGACGCCGCUCUUCAAGCUCGACACUCUUCCUUCCAUAUCCUUCUUGAAUUUUUAUUUUUUAUGUCCAUUGCUUGGUUGGUUAGGACGCAAUUGUAUUCAAUUUUCUUGUUCGGUUUAGAAGACUUAUAUUUCAUUGGAUUUUGAAGGAAAAAAUUUAUAAUAACCGUCUAACAAGUUUAUGGAAUUCUUAAAUCUUGUUUUCGGAGGAAAAAGAGAGAAAAAAUGAUAAAAUUGAUUUAGUGUUUUUGCGACCAAACAGGCGGAGAAUAUUUUGUAAUGCGUGAUUAAAUUUUAAAUUUUGCAGAAAUCUGGAACAGCAUCAGGGGAGAUGAAUAGGGCUAUUGCGGUGGCAAUGAAUGCAGAGGUUCGUCGAACCAAGGCUCGACUGAUGGAAGAAGUGCCCAAGCUCCAAAAACUGGCUCAAAAAAGGGUUAAGGGGGUUUCUAGCGAAGACCAAGCUAUUCGGUGUGAUCUGGUUCUUGCAUUGCCAGAGAGAAUUCAAGCCAUACCAGAUGCAACCAUAGCCAUAGCCAGACAAAGUGGAGGAUGGGCAACUUCUGGGUCACAUAAAAAUAUCAAAUUUGAUUCCCCUGAUGGAGACUUUGACAGUAAUUUUUUCCUGCAAUCUGAAGCAUCAAGUCAAUUCAGACAUGAAUAUGAAAUGCAGAAGUUGAAACAGGACCAAGGUCUUGAUUUCAUAUCAGAAGGAGAGGAUACGUUGAAAAAUUUAGCCCAAGACAUGAACGAGGAAAUGGAUAGGCAAGUUUCCCUAAUGGAUGAAAUCGAUACGAAGUGCAUCACCAGGGGUAUAGUGGUGCUUUUAUUGGUGGACAGGGCAACAUCUGAUCUCAAGAACACUAAUGUUAGGCUAAAGGAAACUCUUGUCCAGUUGCGUUCAAGUCGAAACUUCUGCAUUGACAUUGUUCUGUUGUGUGUUCUACUGGGAGUUGCUUCCUUCCUAUACAAUGCACUGUGAGAUGAGGUGAUUUCAGAAGCUUUCUCUGCAGUUGACCAAUGUUUGUUUCUUGCUUGCCAAUGGAAAAUCAAAUAGCAAUCAGCAUCAAAAGUGUUCUCCAAUUAUACAAACUGCUAUUGGUUCAGUCAUCGCCAUCCAUCAUGAAUGCCGAUCCACCAGAAUUGAAUCACCUAUUCAGCCUUGUAAUCUUACGUCCAUGAGAUUAUGCUUGUGUAAAGUGUUCAUCCAUUAAAUUAAUAUUUACCUGUAAUAAAUGUCAGUUGAUGUAGCUCCUGAUAAGGAAUAAUGUGAUCUGGAGAGUUAU